AUGAGAUAUCCCGUUUGGUUACUUGUUCUGAUAGCCAGUUUGGUCGAUGCCUAUUCGAAAUACGCGAAGCCACUGAAACUUUCUCAACCUGAUGCGAAUGGCGUCUACGUCUUCGAUAUGAUUGUCGAGCGGAAGCUCACUAUGAGCUCGAGAGAUACCAGUCCAUGGAAGCAUAGCACCCCUUUGGACUACUCUCCGAAAUCGGCAUCAUGGUCACGUCGAGAGCCAGAUCAGCUGAAAGGCUGCUUUGUCAAUUAUACAUUGGACAUGAGCACCAAUUCUGAUGACAGGAAGUAUCUCAAGGAUACGGUAGUGCUGGAUGGAAAGCACAAGCGGGUGCUAACGAUUAACGGCAAAACACCUGGAGACCCGAUUGUUGUGCCGUACCUUUCUGAAGUACUUUUACGAGUUCAUAACAAAGUACUAAUGGAUUCUAUUUCUAUACAUGUUCAUGGUAUUGACAAGCAUGAUCUCUGGUAUAUGGAUGGAGUAGCGUUCAUACAGCAGUGCCCGAUCCAUAGCACAAAUUACUUUGAAUAUCGAUUUAUCGCCGAUAACAAAGGAACUCAUUGGUAUCAUGGGCACUUCCAAACGGAUCGUGGCGAGGGAUUACUUGGAGGUUUUGUCGUUGUGGACGAAAACGAUAGAUCGGUGCCAACGAAUGGCAAAGGAACAAGGAAAGUUCCCGAUCGGGAGUAUUAUGUGAUGCUUCAGGAUUGGGCUACGGAGACUGGUGAUGAAGCAUUUUUGCGGCUCAAAGAAAAAACAAUGAAAUGGAUGUACGGAUUCGAUGAUUUUGAAAAAUGCUGGCAACCAACGAGGACUGUGGAUGGAGGCAAUGUCGGUGGAGCUGUCCCGAUCUCUGCCUUGCUGAUAAACGACAAGGGUUGGCAUGUGAGGGAUGAUAUAUUGAAGAGACCAUGGGCUUUACCACUGGAAAGGUUCCGGAUUAAGAAAGAUGAGUUAGUGCUGUUCCGAAUAACAAACGGUGGAGUAGCACAAGAGCUCAUGCUGCAUAUUGAAGGCCAUCAAAUGAUAAUCGUUGCUGGUGAUGGGAAUGAGAUGGUCCCACAACCGAUUGAUCGACUUAUCAUAUUCCCUGGAGAACGAUAUGAUAUUCUCAUCCGGGGAUUGAAAAACCCAACGAAAAAGAGCUAUAUGAUGGUAGUGGAGACGGUACAGUACUAUUUCUUCGAUUGGACUCGAAUCGAUACAGACUACACUGUGGCGUUUAUCGAAUAUCAAGGUGAUGGAAACCUCAAUGAAGAUAGGGCACCGCCCACUUUCACACAUUCGCCUGAUUGUACCGCCCAGAAAAGGUGUACUGUAUUGAAUUGUCCAUUCGAGUCAUAUCCAUCCAACUUCAACUUCACUUGUAUGUGCUACGACAAACUUCGUCAUCCCAAGCCUUCAAAGAUUGACAAGGAAAUUCUGAAGGAUACUGCGUUCACUGGAGGAUUUGAGGAGCACUUCAUUAACAUGCAUUACGAUUCACAUGUCGAUGGCUUCAAAUAUGAACAUCCUCUUGGAAUGCCCUACUAUCAUCAAAAUGACAUGGCAUCAAUUUCCAAGGAUUGCAACAAAGUAAACUGCUCAAAAACGUCCAACAAAUUCGACGACAACUGUAACUGCUUUUAUCAUAAAAAACACAAGCUGAACAACAUCGUGCAGGAUUGCAACAAAGUGAACUGCUCAACAGCGUCGAACAAAUUCGAUGACAACUGCAACUGCUUUUAUCAUAAAAAACACAAGCUGAACAACAUUGUGCAGAUUACUUUGUACAAUAUGGGUACCGGUGGAGCGUUCAGUACCGGUUACGCUCAUCCAUUCCACAUUCAUGGCACUCAUUUCUACGUGAUGAAGGUCGGAUGGCCAUCGUACAAUGCCAGUGGUAUGAUAUCGACAAUGAAUCCCGAUAUAGAGUGUAACGGAACGGAUGCUGUAUGUGAUGGAGCAGUUUGGCGGAACCGGUCCUGGAUGAAUGGUGCAGUACAGGGCAUGAAUACCGUAGACCCUUCGCUUAGGGAUACGAUCACGUUGCCAGUUGGUGGCUACAUUGUCAUACGGUUUCGUGCAACAAAUCCAGGGUGGUGGUUUGCUCACUGCCAUCUCGAACUUCAUGCUAUGAGCGGGACGGCGUAUGCAUUCCAGGUUGGAGAACACAAGGAUAUCGCUCCACCGCCUGGGAACUUCCCACAUGAUUGCGGUGCAUUUAAAAUGCCACCUCUGGGUCCACGCCACAGGUCUCACCGUCGCCGUUGA